AUGCCCUCAGAAUCCACUGUUCUAAUUGUGGAUAACCAGCACCUUUCUGAUGCCAAAAAAAUUAUUAGGGAAAGAAUAAUUCCUUGGGAGGGCCUUUCAAGAGCAGAUGUUAUUUCAGAGGAUGACGCCAACCACAUAAAAAUCCUUGAAAAGCAAUCAUUGGACAAUAAAUAUUCUACUAUAUUGUCUCAAUUACAGUUAUAUUCAAAUACUUUGCUCAAUGUAUUGAACAAACUAAAUGUCAAUUCAAAGGAUGAUGUAUUAAAGAAUGUCUUAAACUUGAUUAAUGACCUUCUUAUAGAUUUACCCAAACAAGAAUUUUUAGAUACAUUGUUGGAUUUAUCGAAGGUUGAUGAUUCUCUUCCUUAUUAUCCUUUUUUGAAGCAUUUGGAUAAUAACGACACUUUGAUAAAGACAUUGAGCUUAUACAACUUGACUAUCUUGUUAACCAAGAAAGGUAAAACUGAUCCUCAUGCAAAGAUUGACAAAGAAAUCUUGAUAAGGAUUUUUGAUUUAUUAUCGUCGGACUCCUUCAUUGGUAAUCCUCAAGAUAUAAAUAUGCAAAUUGUCGGAAUUCAGUUAUUGCAGGAGUUAUUGCUUGUUAAGAACUUCAAGGAAAUUUACCAGGGGCAUAAUUUGAUUUCCAAUUUCAAACCAAUCAACAACUUAAUAGCUCGUCUGUCAAGGCAGCCUAAUAAUUCUAGUUUGCAGUUGGUGUAUAAUGUUUUACUAACUGCUUGGAUAUUGUCUUUUAGCGCCUCCAUCAACAGAAGCUUGGUACAUAAUUAUCCUGAAUUGAUCGGAAGUUUACUUAUAAUGGCCAAAGAUUCGAUCAAAUCUAAGAUUGUUAGAGUUUCAGUUGCGAUCCUCAAAAAUUUCGUCACAAUUACCACAUCUAAUUCGGAACAGUUCAAAAUUAUCAAACUUGUUUUGUUUCACGAUGGUCUUUCUACGGUCGGCACUUUAAAAGAGAGGAAAUUUGCUUCGAAUGGAAGCGACGAAGAAUUAUCUAACGACUUAAGUGAUUUGUCUGAUAGUUUGAAUGAAAUUGUCAAAGAAAAGCUUACAUCUCUAGACGAAUAUUUGACAGAAUUGGAGAACCCCAACUUAAUCUCAUGGUCCUCUCCAACACAUAAGUCACAGCAAUUUUGGGAGGAAAAUGCUCCCAAAUUUAAAGAAAACUCAUUUAAACUUGUUAAGAAGAUGUUGGAUAUUUUAUCUUCUAAACCUGAUAAAGCACUUUCGACGAUUAUAAUUUUAAAUGACUUGCAAUUCUUGAUCCAAAACUUAGGCCAAGAUUUAAUUGAUUUUAUUAAUACGGAGAAUGGUGGCCAAUAUAAACUUUUGAUUAUGGGUUUUUUGGGUGACAGUAAUGGAAAUACAGAGCUAAAGUACGAGGCCUUGAAGACGGUGCAAUUACUCGUCGGUCAGCAUUUCUAA